GUGAAAACAGAGCCAGGCCUGAACCAUUUCUAACCAAUCAUUUGCUGCGACUGUUUACGCUUUCAGGCGAUCACAACCCCGCACUCCGGCUGGUCUUCAUCCAAUGCAAUUUCUCUCACAAAUAACAACAAAGAGCGGCCAUCCUGCGCUUAUCAAUCUCGACUGAGCAACCAUGACAAGAGAAUGAGUCCAAUCAUCUUUACUUGUCCCCUUUGUGGAUGGCGCAUCUACGAACCCUCAGCCACAUCAUCCUGGAUGAAUGAAUUUCGUGGCCUUUACUUAUGUUCGACGGAAAAGAAGAUUACCCUGACAGGUGUUGGCCUCUACAGCGAUCCUGAAGGUGGCGUCUUUAUCGCUCCACCGAAUACAGCUAGCCGAUAUGAUGAUGAUGGCUACAAUAUUUCAGAACAGGACCAGUUUGGAACCUGGGGAUAUGCAGUCAACAACAGACGCGGCUUUCCUAUGCACGACGCCUGCUGGAAACUUUUGGAGGAAGCCAUCCACCCAGAACCGGUGCCUCUUGAUAGGUUGUUCGAUGUCUUGGACUCUUUAAUAAGCGCUAUGUACGGAAAGCUUGAUUGGGGCUACAAAGAAUGCUGUCCGCCAGACGGCUGCGCUGUGAAGCAGUCAUUCCCAUGGGAGGGAGUCGCUGACAGUAGGCAAGUGACGGCGCCCCCUUUCUCAUCGGAUCCAUUUUCCAUCGACGUUGAUCAGAUAUUGAGCCGAAGGUUUGGAACUUGUGAAGUCCCUGCCCCCCCGGCCAACAUUUCAUCUGGUCCAAUAUCGAGAAACGAUCCAUUCCUUUCACUUCCGGAAGAGCUUUGCACUGCAAUUGCCUUCUAUCUGCCUACACAGGAUGCUCUUCACGCCCGCCUCGCAUCACGGUCCUUUUGGCAUCUAUUUGAUUGUCAACAAUUCUGGGCAUCCCGAUUCAUAGGUCGAAACUCAGACCUCUCAUGGCUAUUUGAAGUUCGUCGGCAUCCCUACAGAGGUGCUCGCGAUUGGCGCUGGCUGUAUCACCAAAUCACUGACAAGGACAAUAACUGGAAUGAGCUGAUCCGGGGCGCUCUUCACAACAGGCAACACAUUUGGCUUUCCGUUCUGCCCAUUGUGGAAAUUUUGGAGCUUCGUUUAACCCCAAAGGUCGCGGUUGCAGAAGGGGAUGAGCAGGUGGUUCCAAAACCCGGCUUCAAUUUACGAGUUGGUGGGACGGCAGCGGAGCACUCUGAUAUAUGGAGCCCGCUAAAACCUGGAUGUCGCCGUCGAUACAAGCAGUACCUGCCCAUUCCUCAGGAAAGGGCCCGAAUUUCCGCCUCGACGAUAAUGGCUGGAUCUUUCACGUAUAUUGCGGGCUUAUCAGUCGUAUCAGACUCACAAACUGUCAAGGUCGGCUACAUUGGUCCCAAGGAAAAGGAGCGAUCUAUCGAACUGGAUGCCUCUAAGCUAAGAGUUUCCAACGUUGCUGUCGGGUUACGAGGUAUCCACGCUCUACUGUUUGCGGACUCAACAAGCUCAGCCCCCUGGCUUGGUGAUCCCGAUGAUGCUGCAAUAACAACACGGCUUGGGAAUGUAGCAGAUAUUGCAGCACUGGAAGUUUGGUCCGACGGAUUCAGACUUGUCGAAAUUGCGAUUGUCAAGAAAGAAGACGCUGACUGUAGCGACGUGGAGAACAACAUCAUCUUGAGAAACUCCGCAGUAUGGUAUCCUGAUAUACCACCGGCUCACCUCAACCUCAACGAAGAGUUCUUUUUUCCUGCCCAGUCAUACACUCAAGGAUUCAAGCCGCUAUUCUGGACCCAUUUCGGCGGACCAGGAGGUAUAUACUUAAAGGACUUGCAUAGGAUAUCAUGGAGUACGGCAGACGAGAUCAUGGCUUUUGAGUUUCAAAACGAGGACGUUCCAUUGGACUGUCGGAUGUUUGGUCGGGCUCCGCUGCCUGACUCAGACGACGAGGACAAUCUCGAUAUCUUUGAUAUCGAUGGCCCUGGAGGGGAAAGGAUCACCGCUAUUGAAAUCAGUCAAAAAUACUAUAAGGAAGAUGGUGAAAGAUGGUUGAUGUCGGAGGGAGCAUUAGCGCUGUUCAAGGUAUGUUGCACACCUGCAGCCACUGCCCAUUCCACCUUAUUAGGGAGUGUCUUCACCAACCGUGGACGGUACUACCAGUUUGAGGACGAACCGAAGCCACGGAGUUGGAACGUCAAGACGAAGCUGUUCACAUCACCUCCAGGUUACAUUAUUACGGGAUUCUAUGGGGCUCAGUUUCAGGGGCUUGUAGCGCUGGGAGUCAUUACUGAGUUGGAACCUUAACAGCGAGCGUUUGUCGAAGCACUAUUCUCACGGCUAGGGGAUUCUGGGUUCACUCCCCGCUUGCGUGCGAAAUAGAAGCAUACCUACGUAGAGAAGCUUUGGAAGUCCUUCGGCACCUCUCCCAACUAGUUUUCGCUAUUUUAUCUAUCAAGAUGCGCGGGUACUGAAACCAAUGGAGUCCUGACGUGUUCCCAGUCUUUUAAACAAGAAUGCAUCGAUGCCUUGCUGUAACUGUGACAAGGGCUGGAGUUCAGGGCUUGGAAC